AUGUCUGCACUUCUUUCGUUAGUUGGUGGUGAUGGUUUUGGAACUAUUUUGAAGAGCGUACCUAAACUCAACGGCAAUCUUCCUUUAAUUGUCCUAAUUUUGAAUAUUUUCUUGCCUGGUAUUGGUACACUUGUUGCUGCCUUUUUCUGUGAGGACGAUGAUGUAUUUACUGUGAAUGCUGUUUCUGCCUUGUUACAAUUUUUAACUGCCAUUUGCAUUAUUGGUUGGGUAUGGUCUAUUGGUUGGGGAUAUUUAAUUUACCAACGAGGUUCUGGAGCUGGUCGGUUCCUUCCAAGUAUUUAA